AUGAAUAACGACUCAGUUACGUGGGAAAUCCUAGGUAAGGGGAGAUGCUCGUUUAAGAAAAAAACAGAAACACAGAUGUUUUGUUUAAAUGAAUAUAACGUAACAGGCUUAUGCACAAAAAUGAAUUGUCCCUUAAGUAAUAGUGUAUAUGGUACUGUGAUAUUAGAUAAGGGAGAAAUAUACCUUUAUUUAAAAUGUCCAGAAAAGGCCCAUCUCCCAAGUUCUUUAUGGAGUAGGGUAUUAUUAAGUUUGAAUAGAAAAGAAGCUUUUAAUGUUAUAUAUAAAGAAAUGAAAUAUACACAUAGUAUAAAACAAAUUAAAAAAUGCAUGAAAAGGUAUGUACGAAUUAAAGAAAUUUUAAAAAGAAGUAGAAAAUUAAUUUUACAUAAACAAUUAAAACUAGUACCAAUAAAAAAAAAGACUGAAAGAAGAGAUAGAACAAGAGAAAAUAAAGCAUUGAAGGCUGCUAACAUUUUAAAUAAUGUAGAAAAGGAAUUACUCAAUAGAUUGAAUAGUGGAAUAUAUGGAAACCUGUACAAAUUUUUGACUCCUAAAAAGAAGGUUAAAAAUAAAGACUCUGAGCUGACUAAAAUUUUUACCGAAUUGGAGGAAAAACAAAUCACUAGGAGGGAGGGGAAGAAGGGAAAGAAGCUCAAGCGGGUGGAGCAAGUUGAGGAAGAGGAAUACGACGAAAGGGAUGAUGAAGAGGAUAGCGAAGGGGAUCAUGUAGAGAAUUACGAAGAAGAUGAUGUAGUGGAUGAUGAAGAGGAUUAUGAAGAGGAUGAUGUAGAGGAUGAUGUAGAGGAUGAUGUAGAGGAUGACGAAGAGGUUGACGAAGAGUAUUAUGAAGAGGAUGACGAGGAGAACAGCGUAUGUAAAUCUAGCGCAAGUGAUGAAUAUGAGUUAGAAGGGAAGGACAGAGGCAAAAAAAAAAAAAAAAAAAAGAGAAAAAAAAAAGAAUAUGUAAAAGAAUAUGUGAAUAUUGAUUAUAUAAAAAAUUUACAAGAAGAAGGAAAGCUUUUCGAUGAUGAUGAAGUGGAGGAAUUGAAUGCCAACUUUACAAAGAAGAGAAACACGAGAAAUAACAAACAAACGAGUAAAAAGAAGAUUCGAAUAGCAUAUGAGAACGAUUAG